CGGCCCCGGACCGCGCCGCUGGCCCGGCCGGGCGCUCCCGAGCUGGCAGUGAUCCCCGGGGGCUCCGAACUGGCCGGCGGGGGUUCCGGGUCCGCCCCCGUCGAAGUGCGUCCCAGGCUCGGGUCCCCAGCUCAGCCUGUCCCCGGGGGAGGGAGGGCGAGGAGCCAGGAUCCGAGCUGCUUCCCCAGUUUGCCCCACUUCCUCGCCUGCCACAGCCGUCCGCGGGGCGGGGAGGGAGGAUGGGGAAGAGCGGGCGCCCGUGUUCGGGUCGGCCGGAGCCCGAGGUGGGGAGCGAUGGCCGAGAGCGGAGCAGAGAUGGACAGGACCGAGACACUGAGUGAGAGGCUCUGGGAAGACUUCUCGGAGGAGGUGGCACCUGGGCUGAGCCUUGGAGAAAGGGGAAGAUGUCGAGAGGUGGAGAUGAAGAGGGACCUGUCCUGUUUGUGCAAAGGCGCGGAAGCAGGAGAUGAGCCGCGUUCGAGGAGUAGAGAAGAGUCUAGUUUGGCCGGAACCUAAAUGGGAGAAGGGGAAUGGCCAAAGGCCAAUGAUGCUGCUAGUGCCGAAGUGGAGAGAAUGGGGAAAAGGAUGUGAUUUGAGGAAGGCAGAAGAAGGAAAGUGGCAAGGGAGGAGAGAAGGUAAACAGCCAUUUGAGGGAAAGAAUGUUUUAGAAGCAUAAGUUUACUUGAGGAUAGCAGACAAUUCUCCAGCUCAUCUUCAUGAAGCUGAGUUAGCAUCAGAUUACGCUUCAUGUCAGUAGAAAUGGACAGCAGCAGUUUUAUUCAGUUUGACGUGCCCGAGUACAGCAACACAGUUCUGAGCCAGUUAAAUGAACUCCGCCUUCAAGGAAAACUGUGUGACAUCAUUGUGCAUAUUCAGGGGCAGCCAUUCCGAGCCCACAAAGCCGUCCUUGCUGCCAGUUCUCCCUAUUUUCGUGACCAUUCAGCAUUAAGUACCAUGAGUGGCUUAUCUAUCUCAGUGAUUAAGAAUCCUAAUGUCUUUGAACAGUUGCUCUCAUUCUGUUACACUGGAAGAAUGUCCUUACAACUGAAGGAUGUUGUCAGUUUUCUCACUGCUGCUAGCUUUCUUCAGAUGCAAUGUGUCAUUGAUAAGUGCACACAGAUCCUGGAGAGCAUCCAUUCAAAAAUCAGCAUUGGGGAUGUCGACUCUGUUACCAUUGGUGCUGAUGAAAACUCAGAAAACCGCAAUGGAGUUAAAGAGAGCAGCUUCUUUGCCAACCCAGUAGAGAUCUCGCCUCCAUAUUGCUCUCAGGUGCGUCAGCCAACCGCUGGCAAUGAUCUACGGAUGGAGGCAACUCCAAGCAAAUCUCUGCGUGGCCGCUUGCAAGAAGAAGGCCACUCAGACCGAGGAAGCAGUGGGAGUGUCUCUGAGUAUGAGAUUCAGAUAGAAGGUGACCAUGAACAAGGGGACUUGAUUGUGAGGGAGAGCCAAAUCACAGAGGUGAAAGUGAAAAUUGAGAAAUCAGACCGACCCAGCUGUUCAGACAGUUCUUCAUUGGGUGAUGAUGGCUACCACACUGAAAUGGUAGAUGGUGAACAAGUGGUGGCAGUGAAUGUAGGCUCCUAUGGUUCUGUGUUACAGCAUGCAUACUCCUUUUCCCAAGUAGCCUCUCAGCCAUCAAGUAUAUCAGAAACUUUUGGGAACCUGAGCAACUCCAGCCCAUCCAGGUCUAUGCUAAGUUGCUUCCGAGGGGGCCGGGCCCGCCAAAAGCGCCCCUCCUCUGUCCAUCUGCACAGUGAUCUGCAGAGUUUGGUACAAGUAUCAGAUGGUGAAGCUCUUGUGAAUAAUCCUGGGUAUGAGAAUAGCCCUCGGGAGAGGAGUGCACGAGGCCACUGGUAUCCAUACAACGAAAGAUUGAUCUGCAUUUACUGUGGAAAAUCCUUUAACCAGAAGGGGAGCCUUGACCGGCAUAUGCGACUCCAUAUGGGGAUCACCCCUUUCGUAUGCAAGUUCUGUGGUAAGAAGUACACACGAAAGGACCAGUUGGAGUACCACAUCCGUGGCCAUACUGACGAUAAGCCUUUCCGCUGUGAGAUCUGUGGGAAGUGCUUUCCCUUCCAGGGAACACUCAACCAGCACCUGCGGAAAAAUCACCCAGGUGUGGCUGAAGUCCGCAGUCGCAUUGAGUCCCCAGAAAGAACAGAUGCAUAUGUAGAACAGAAAAUUGAAAAUGACGCCUCCAACUCAGAGGCAGGGCUGGAUUCCAGUAUGGAAGUUCACACAGUGUCUAAUGCCCCUGACUAAGAUUUAAAUAAGUGCAACCCAAAAAAAGCACACUCAUCAAUGCAUUCAAAACAUUUUUGCUAUAGGUAACUCUUAGCCCAGUUACUGACCUGACCACCUUGAAACCUAGUAGGUGCACAGUAAAUUUUCCCAAGGUUUCUAAAUAGCACACUUUGCCAUUUUUGUUCUUUGCUUCCAAGGAGACUUGGAUAUAUGUGUGUUGAAAGAGCUUAGAAUCCGAAGGGCCGAAAAUACAGGGAAAACAUGGGCUGAUGCUGUUCCUCUGGAUGAAUUAUUUCAAUCCCAAUUCUGGCAGUAGCAUAGCUAAGCCAGCUGGGUUCACCCUUCCUUUACUACCCAGGGGCACAUAUUCUCUCUCUGUGUGCAUGUAGGUUUUUAUGCAUGUGCAUGGAGAGAGAAUAGCAUGUCCAGAUGAUCUGAUGAUUACCUUUUAGAGUUGAAAAUUACUUUUUUUGGUAGUUAGAAAAUUUAUACAUAUAUAUAUAUAUAUAAUAUAUAUAUAUAAUAAAGCAUUUAUUAUAUAUAUUACAUAUAUACAUUCUUAAAUUUGCUUUUAUUCUGGUUGAGGUGAAUGUAAGAGGAAUAUGUAAGUUAAUAUAGUGUGUACAGGGCUUUUUGACUCUUAAUCUCAUCUCUACCUAAUAUAUUUUAAGACCUUGCUCCUUUAUCCCUUGAAGAAUGUUGUUUGGUUUUCUUAUAUAUUAAUCAUAGCGUCCAAAAGUCAGCAAAGCAAAUGAUACUGUUUUUUAUAACUCCACUUCAUAACAAACACAUAAACCAAAUGCCAUAAAUCUAUUCAACUCUAGUUAGAAUUGUUUGGAAUUUUUGUUAGUUGUCCAGUUGGUAAGCUGGAUGACAUGUGGUGCUGCCCUUUUUUACACAGCUGUAAUGUAAUUAUCCAACCCUAAAGUAACAGUGGUUUUAAAUGUUUUUACUGGCCUAAGAAUCUACCUUCAUUUCGUACUGUAGAAACCUAAAUACCAGGUAACUAAAUCAAAUCACUCUACAAGAUGAGUCGCUACUCUCACUAAAGGAAGAGGGGGUUGUAACUCUGACUAUAUCUCCACACAGUGUUGAUAUAUAUAUUUUUGUUGUUGUUUUCUCCAGACAGCCAGUUCAGGUGCAUAGUAACUUUCUAUAUUGCGGUUCCUUGUGAAACUGCGAAACUUGGAAAUUUGUACUUUUUGUAAAGAUAUAUUCUAUGGGAAUCGCAAGCAAUAUGUCUAUCUUGUGUGCUACACAAAGCCACAGUGGCUUCCCCAUUCUUUCAGUGGCUAAUCAGUGUUUCCUGCUUAAAGAAAUCAACCAUAAGAAACCCUCUUUAAGAUAUUUUGUGUGUGUCACCAAAUAUUUGUGUGUCACCCAUUUUCGUUUUAUGUGGUGCUACUUUUAUGUUGAAUAUCAGUUAGGUCAGUAUAAUAUAAAAAAAUGUGAAACCUAAUGGUGAUAGUGAAUUACAAGCAACAGGUUUUCGUUUUUGUUUUCGUUUUUGUUUUUCCUCUCUCUUUUUAGUUUGCUUGAAAAAGAGACCUCAAAAUCUUGUGCUGGCAAACACAUUACUGUAUAAGAACAGAUGUGAUCCCUAUUUGGAGAUUUUUUUAUUCAUUAGGAAAUGUUUUUAGUUCUCUACCGAGUGCUCAUGUGUGCUUAUAGUGUACCAAAAGAUGCUCUACACAAAAAAGUUGAUUUGGUUUGGUACUGUAUAUUCUGGUCAAUCAAGAGUGAGUCAUAAGUCAUGAGCAGGUGCUCUGGAGGUUGCCAUGAGGAUGGCAAGCCUUCCAUAAGCUCUCUUCUGGAGUAGUAACUUAGCUCUGCAGACUUGCUGUGGAAAAACUUGUCAGCUGAAAAAGAGUAAAAAAAAUUUUGAAAAUGAGCUGUGAUUUAGUUUACAGGAUUACUAAAAAAUAAAAAAUAUAUAUACAUAUGUAUGUAUACAUACAAAAAGUAUAUGUACAUAUAUGUUUGCUGGUUUGCAAUGCUUUUGUGGCUCUUAUAAAUUAAAUAGUGGGUUUUUGUUUUUAAGACAAAAAAAAUUCAAGCCCUCGUCCAUAAUGACCCCUUGUGGGGUGUGGCUGUGUGGUAGCUGCUUUCUUUAAAACACAGUGUCUGCUAACCUUAUAACCAGCUGCACUAUGGAUCAGUGUUACUACAUACAGAUUACACUAUCAAUCCAGCUGCUCCAGAGGAGCAGUCUUUAGCUAAAUCGGGUAUAUAAUAUGCCUUUUUUCCUCUUAAAACUGCCUAAAUAAGGGGUUUGUUCUCUCCCUGAAGCACUUGUAUAACUCCUAUUAAAGCUUGUGCCUCACGGGGAGACUGGACUCUUAAGUGUUUACCCAAUUAAAUACAUUCUGGGGUUUCAGGUAAAUGUUUGUGAUGUUUUUUCUUACAUGAAUGAAUUUUUGUUUUGUUUUGUUUUGUUUUUUAAAGAAAUUAAAUGCAAAAAAAUUGUGUUUUGAUACAACUAAGUAUGUGACAAGAAAUGGCCAAAUCAAGGACACAAGAGGUCAGGCUCAGGGAACCCCCUUCUCUUUUCAGGCUUGGAGCCCUUGGGUGGGUUUCCAUAGCAUUUUUUGGUGAACUAAGGCAGGUUAGGAGAAGGGAAGUUUGGGCGGCACCUUGUAUGUCCUGGCUCUUGUCAUUGUGUCACAGUCUUAACCUUAUUUAAAUGGAGUUCUUUGUAUUUGUAAAUCUAUUAAACUGGUUUGAGUUUACCAAAGAGUGACUUAUCCAAAAUUGUCUCUGACAAAAAAUAUAUAUACAUUGCUUUGAUUGUACAGUUCAGGUUCAAAACAUUGUAAUGGGACUGUUAAGGGGCAGGAAAUUGAUUCAUUUUCUCGAUAAUAAUCAUGAUUCAACAUAUUUGCAAGUUCCACUUGCCUCCCAUUCAUGUUGCUAACACUUUACCCUUUCCACUGCUAGCAGUGUUAAGAAUGAAUUCUCAAGCCAUAACACAGUACUGUAACCACUCAGCAAUGCUUUGGAGAACACAGACAUCUAGGCCAGCGUAGGGCUCCCUCAUCCCUUGGAGCAUUCCUGAGGUCACCUUCCCCAGUGUGAAGUCUGGUAGAAGACGAACUUCCGAUCUGGCAGCAGCAGUUAAAUUGUGCCUUGUCACAUGAGGAUGUGCCAGAGAGGUUGUCAUGACCACAACCUAGACACAUUGUCUACCUGAAGUUCAUGUCAUCUCCUCAAAGAAGAAAUACGCUGAGUGGUAACUGCUUAAAGCAACUUUUUUUUAAAAGUACAGUACCUAUUUCUGUACAGUUUGGGGUUAACACAGUACUGUUUUGCAUUUCAUUUAUAACAGAUGCAGAAGUCAAUAAAAUACUACAAGUGAUAUGUGAAAUCUUUUAACAGUCAAAUAUAUCCUGAAUUCAUAUAGGCUUGUUCAUAAUUGAGUCUCUUCUUGAGCUAGCUUUUUCAAUAAAUAGACAAUGUGAAGACAGUGACAGCAUCCUUUUCUAUAGCUAUUUAACCUGUUAUUACAAACUGUGAAAACAAAGAAUUUUAUACUUUUGCUAAUGUUUGUGGUUUUAAACAGUUACUUUGGUUCUCCUAAUCUGUUCUCUACCGUAUCAUUUCUAUAAAACCUGUAAAUACAUUUAGAAAUUAUAUUUGUAAAUACAACAUAUUAUAUGUUUCAUUUAUUUUUAGUGAGUGGAAAGACUCAUGAUUGGAUUCUGCCUUUAAUUUUUGUUGUAUUAGCAGAAAGGAUACUGUCAGUUCACUGUUAAGCAAAAUAUACUGUAGAAGUAAAUUGAUUUCUAGGAUUCUUCCCAGGCAUGAGUAGGAAACUCAUGUUUUCCAAAAACAUAACCAAGUCUUCACUUUGCUCUUUAGCCCGAAUGGUAAGGCCUGUGUUAUAAUUUAAAAAAAAAAAGCCCAAAGCAUGGGAAGAACUUGCAGAAAUACAAAAUAAGGGCUGGGUAGGGGAGGGUGAGAAUUUAUGUGAAUGAGCUUUACUUUGAAGAAAUCAGUGUAUUUUAUUUGAAUAGCUUUUUAUAUUAGUUACUGUGAUUCUUUUAUUACGGUAUUCUGAAAGGGUUUCCUGUGAAGCCUCCUGAAAGGGACUCAAAUAUGCAACACCGAAUCUAUUUUCCAAGGGAGUGUUCCCCUUGGAUGGUGCUUCUAGACUGGUCAGGGUUAUUUAUUAAAUUUUAUAUAUGAAAAGUAUUUGGGAAUUGUGUAAAUUCUUUAUAUAAAUCUAGUUCAUAAAUCAUAGAUUUCAUAAUUGCUCAGUGCAACUGAACUAGAGGUUCAGGAAAGUCAUUCACUUUGUUCCAAGUUUAUAAUGGCUAUUGUGCAUUUCUUACAUAUCUUGUUCAAAAAGUGCCAGUGUGAUUUAGCUGCCUCUGCCCAACAUGGGACUCCCCAGGCCAGGCAAUGACCUGCUUUCUCAGGAUUCUUGAAUCUGUGUGAAGACUGCUCGGCCUAGCUGAAAGGGAGCCAGGGACGCCCCACACUGUCCCAGGAUUUUGAUCAAGUGGAGCAAUGAGCCUUGCUUAGGACCCCCUAAGCAUCUGCCUUUGUGGUGGCCACAAUAAACCUCUUACUGUCCUUCCUCAACAAGUAUGCUGUGAAUUCCAUCUUUGGACUUACGUCCAAGGUCUUGGUUGUUGCCCUGACUGUGUAGUAAGAGGUGAGUUAAAUUGGUUUGUUAUCAGAAUAACCAUUUAUUAAUGUGAAAAGCAUCUCUGGCCACUUUUCUUGGUAGGGCUAACAUUCUCCAUUAUAAAUGGUGGAACAAUCAGAAUGAUUUAACUCUCAGUGUCAUUAUCUUGCAAUAUAAACUGGUAACCUCACAAGUCCCCACUUCAUCGCCACAUGAAGUAAUGAAGCUAGCUAAGCUGAUGCUGUCAGGACAGUAACUUGCCAUAAGGAUUCUUUUAUAAGCAUGAAUUUAAACUAUUUAUUCAAAUGCUAUUUUACUCUUGUACCCAUUGGGUUUUAGAUUUGUGACACGGAUACUUCAGUGCUGCUUAAUUUUGUUUGGAUGAAUUCUUGGUUCUUGCUUGUAAAUGGCUUUUUUUAUGGUAUCAAUAAAGUCAAUGGAAAUUGC